AGAAGUAAGAAAGAAAGAAAGAAAGAAAAGAAGAAAGGCAUAAAAAAAGAACUUGAAGGGAAGAACAAAUCAAUACUACGAACCUCAAGCAAAGUGACCCUAAAUCGGUUGACAAUGACGGCACUCAUGGAAAUAUCCCACCGCCGGACGAAUGAGGUGCAAAUGAAUGAAGUUUAUCUGAGUUGUGCGAAUGAAGGUUAUAGCACAGGUCGUCGUCUCCAGCAGGCUUCCCUCGCACCAUCUCCAUCUCUUCUUCGUCCUCGAGAGGCUUCGCGCAUUGUAUGGUCAUCGUUCCCAGCUCGCGCGGUUCGUGGCUUCCUCGCCACAGGGAUUCGCUGAGCUCGCCUCUUGGCCGGAUCUGUGAUGAUGGAGCUCUCAACUGAUGUCUAUGGUGGAUUUCGCGAUUGACGGGGAUGAAAGGGCAUCUCAACCCUAGAUUUGGCUCCUGUUUCUCCUUUUCUUCGUUUUCUGAUGGAGUAUAAUCGUAGUCUUACUGAUGAGUAUACACAAAUAAAAAGUUGAGUAUAGUGGAGAUUUUAAUGAGUUUUUUUAAAUUGUCCGAUACUCAUUUCGUAAUUCGUGUAUGCUCAUUUCGUAUUGGUGUAAACUCAUUUUAAAAUGUCAUAUUCAUG